AUGAAGCUUUUGGUCAGUCUGUUAUCAGCUGUAACGCGAGGAGCAAUCCUUGUCGGAGACUACCCUUUUCAGCCGACCAUAACACAAAAUGGGCAGCAGAUUUUCUUCGCGUCGCCUUUCAAGCUCGGAAUCAGAACCUCCAUUUUCCAUAACCUUACCUUUCUGCCUAAAGCUUAUUCUAUGACUGGCUCUACGUCAAAUCCCAUAUGCGAGGAUACUGGGCUAAACUCCACCUCUCAGACGUUGCAAAGCGAUUAUGGUCACAAGAUAGUUAUGGCACCGUUCAUGGGCGAUUUCCAGACAUCUGGGGCGCCGAGUGUGCACUAUUCCACGUUCGUGGAUGGCUUUUUCCGAGCAGGCGUUGAAGCAACGAUCAGAACACAGACAGAGUGGGAAAGCUUCUCGCUGGAAAACGCAUUCUCCGCGACAUGGGUUGACGUAGUUGGCCCUGAUGGCGCUAAAAAGACCUUCCAAGUUGCCUUGGUCUCGAACAACGUCCAAACUUUCAGCGUAUUCUCCUACCACAACGGUCCUCCUUCUUGGACAGAAGAUGAUGCUGGCCAAACUCCUUUUGUGGGAAUUUUGGCGCACGAAGGCCAUUCGAAUGGCUGCUUCAAGACUGUGCUCGGAGAGAAGGACGUUCCAUAUGGCUCUUCGAUGAUCUGGGACGCGAGCAACUAUCUCGAGUGCACGGACUCUCGGAGCUUCACGGAAUGCGGCGAGCUGGAAGUUGGCUCGACCCAGUACGAAACAACUCUUGUCUACAAAUCCAUCAGUCCCUCUCUUCACUCUUUUGAUGCAGUCGCUUCUUGUCUCGAAGGAUUUACUACGGACGCUGCUGGAAAUACAGACUUUUCUGUCAGUUGCGCCUACGACCCUGACUUUUACGAAUCGAUCUGGACGGUUCCGAUCAACCCAUCGACUAGCAGCGAGUAUAGCUGCAACGACAACUCGGCUAAAGUUCAGAUAACGCUGACUGAUCAACAGCUAGCUGUGGAUUCAAGUGACCCAUUGGCCUUCUUAUUCUCGAUUGAUCCGAGUACUCUCUCCGCGCGAGCAGCGACGAUUUGGGAGUUGCUUUUGGAAGUUAUGAUUGAGGAUCUUGUUGCGAAGGAGUUGUCCAUUGACGUCUCUGUCCACGUGACAGACGUCAACAUCGCCACAAGUGUUUCCGUGGCAUCCGGAGAAGGUCGUCUCCCUGUUCGAAAAAGACGAGCUGUUGCCAAUUUUAGCGCGAUUUCAACUGCUCUCUCCGCGGCUGGCGAAUCUUUCCAGUCUUUUGAAGACAUAGAAGAGUACCUCAUCGCUGAAGCCGAAGCUGCUGGAGCGUAUCCCUCCGACGUAGCCACCAUUUCCUACACCCUUGGUUUCGAAAACGGAGACACUACGAACGAGCAAAUCCAAGAAACUGUUGUAACCGUCAUUCAGAAAAUGCACGAUCCCAGCGUCACGGAAAGCACUCUCUCUGGCAGCAUCCCUGACUUUUCGGAGCAAAGUAGUGCUGAGCUUUCGGAAUCCGAAGUAUCAAUUUCUUGCCUGGGGAAAGGCACUGUUCCAUCCCAGCCAAAUCCGCUGUGGGUUAAGCCGGACAUUUGCUGUGGAAACAAGCCCAUCGCGUCUACUGUUCGUGGAUGCUGCCAUAAUUCGAAUGGAAAGGCACGAGACUUCGUCCUCGCCGAGGAGAAAUGCUGCCACGGAGAGGUGGUUUCGAAGACGACUCUUUGCUAG